CUACUCAUUCAGCUACUCUCGUCUCGUCCGGGGCCGGUGUAGCAGGGCCCUCCCCUCCCCUUCUCUCCGUCUCUGCACUUAAACGCACACUCACUGCGCCUGCCUGUGCCAGGAAUGGAUAACGGCUGCCUCCAAACAUGGCACUGCGACACUAUACUCUCGACUUCAGCCUCUCCACGGCAGUUGACUCUGCCUCAACAGUCCCGAGCCUAUUGUCUAUAUUCCACGAGCAGGAAAUGACAGAGACCAUACAUGACACAGACGGGCGCGGGUAUCUCGCCACCUUUGUCGGAAAGAACGGCAGGCUCGUUAUUCUGCGGGUGCAUGCCCAUGGCUUGCUCACCAUUGACUUGCAGUGUUAUGAAGGGGAUAACAUCGCACAACUAGACAAUCUUUUAAAUACACUGGAGAAGAAACUAAAGGUUCUCUUGAAUGACAAGAUAACGCGCAUUAAGAGGCUCCCGCCUCUCAUCCGAGGAGCCAAAGUAGACCGUUACUGGCCCACCACAGACGGAAGGCUGACUGAAUACGACAUCGAUCGCGUGUUGUACGACGAAGACUCUGCAUACCAAAAUAUUAAAAUAUUGCACUCGCAGCAGUUCGGGAACAUGCUGGUCCUGAAUGGAGAUGUCAAUCUGGCUGAGAGCGACAUGCCCUACACGGAAGCCAUUAUGGGUAGCGGAAAGGAGGAUUACACCGGCAAAGAGGUGCUCAUUUUAGGAGGAGGGGACGGAGGCAUCCUAGCUCAGGCAGUCAAGCAAAAGCCAAAGAUGAUCACCAUGGUGGAGAUUGAUCAGAAGGUGAUUGACGGGUGCAAAAAGUACAUGAGGAAGACGUGCGGCAACGUGCUGGAUAACCUCAAGGGUGACUGUUACCAAAUUCUCGUGGAGGACUGUGUGCCUGUGCUCAAAAAGUAUGUCCGAGAGGGAAGAACGUUUGACUACAUCAUUAACGACCUCACUGCAGUCCCGAUAUCUACAGAACCAGAAGAAGACUCAACAUGGGAGUUCCUUCGUCUCAUUUUGGAUCUGUCGAUAAAAAUGUUGCAUCCUACGGGGAAAUAUUUUACCCAGGGCAACAGCGCUAAUCUAACAGAGGCUUUGAGUCAGUAUGAGGAGCAGCUUGGAAGACUCUCCUGUCCUGUGGACUUCUCCAAAAAAGUGGUUUGCGUGCCCUCCUAUAUGGAGCUCUGGGUUUUCUACACUGUGUGGAAGAAGUGACAAUUCGCAAGUGCCCCCCCAGCUUCCUGAAUGUGUACAGGCUUUCUUCUUCUUCUGAGCAUGAACACGCUUACUGUAAUUAUGUACCAGUGCACAACACACAGACCCUAUAUUGGAAAAUCAUAUGGUUCUAAAUCUUUAUCCAUCACUUUAUCCAUAGCAUCCAAACACUCCAAAUGAUCAGCUGACAACCUAUGUCUUUGCCCUACUCCCCAUUUCCCUCCACACGUGUGUUCUCUCGAGCCUUUUAGUUGUAAUUUUUAAGUAUUAUUUGCUGCAAGCCAAUAAGUCCAUUUUUUUGCAUCACUUUGAAGGCCCGUUAAUAUUAACAAGUAUGCACUCUUUUGAACGCUCUCGUUAGAAGUUUGAACUGUGAGCUGAUACACUGAAAUGUGACAAUGUUACUGAGAAAACAGUUGCCCUUCUUUUAAUGUUUGUUGUUUGCCCUUUGAUGAGAAGAUAGCAACUGAAUUACUUUUAAGUCUUUUUUUUUGUUUUGUUUCAAUACUUUAAUUUUUCAUUUGAUUUGGGUUUUUUUUCCUUUCCAUCUUAAUUUCUUGGCAUUACAGCCAAUGAUUCCAAUGUCCAAAGGGAAAAAAUAUAUACCUUUGUUGUUUUAUGACCUGUUUUAUUUGCAACAUUGGUUUCUUUUGAUAUAAUAAAUUGUGCAACACUGACUAGCCACAACACGAUGACCACUUAAUAAACCAAUUAAUAUACAAUAUAUGAUACCUCGGUGUCGUUGCCAUUGACCGUUGUCACGGGACGUCCAUCGCCGUCAAUGGCAGCCACUGAGUUCAUACAGUUCUUAUGUUGGAUUAGUUGGUUAGAAUAUUGUGGCUGGUCUGUGUAUGUGAAGGACGGUGAAUGUAGCUUGCGUAGCACGUUUACAAGUGACUUGUGGGACUAGCUGACAUUUAUUUAUCUCCACACUAUGUUUAAGUGACUGACAAAGGCUCAGUCACAUUAAAACUAAAGUGGUUCAAACAGAUGAAGCCAAAUGAUUAAAUAUUCAUGGCUUAAUUAAUUCAUGGCUGUUUUUUGUUUUGUUUUGUUUUUUGUUUUAACUUUUCUUCAAACAGCUGUGUUUUCGUCAGUGAUGACGAUAACAAAAAUAGUUCGGCGACGAACAAUUUUUUUCAUGCUGUGACGAUGACGAGUUAAGAAUGUGUCUUGGAAGACGAAUGCCAGUUUUCGUCUGAUGAGAUGUGAACGUGAUGAAAAGUCUCCAUACUUGCCGUCAUAAAUUCACAAUGUGUGAGAUUUUGUGAUCGUAUGUGUAGAGAGCACGCAUUGUCGCAGUGUUUGGUCGUGUCACUUCCGUGACGUGCUGUGCUUACCCCCCCCGGCUGCUUGGUAAGUUUUGUUUUCUUAUCUUGGCUAGAUAUGCCAUGUUGCUUUAAGCUUUAAAAGUCUUUGCUGAGUUAUCAUAACCAGUGUUGGUAAUCUUACUUAAAAAAAGUAUUUAAUUACAGUUACAAAUUCUUCCAAAAAGUAAUUGAGUUCGUAUCUCAGUUACCUGAAUGUAAGAGUAGCUAGUUAUUUGGCAAAGUAGAUGGUGUUACGUCUGAUGUUUUUUUUUUUUUUUUUUUUUCACCCCCCCAAAAAAACAUAGUAACCUUUGCUAUGUUUGGAAGUCAUUUAAUGUUGUGAAUCAAUCGUUAAAAUUGUUAAACUUGCUCCCGUUAUUGCAUUAGUUCCCUUCUGUCUACUUUCGAUUUAUGACAUUUUUAAAACUUUCAUUAUUUAAAGAUGAAUUCAAGUCAAGAUUUUAACAAUUUAGGAGUAUUUUAGAUUUUAAAAAUUACUUAGGUUUGCUAGGAAAGUUCACUACAACAGAGCCUUCCUGAGAAGUCUACUGCUUCAAGAUGGCGGCUGUUUACGAACACCGGCGAGUAUCAUUUCGCAUCUAGUUAUAUAUACGUGUGAUAUCUACCGUAGCCUCAUGUGGGCAUAGUUUGUAGGCUAUCAUCUACAGUCAGGUAUUAUUGGAGCAACCUAGCAUCGCGUUUGCAAUGGCGUCACAACUCCCUUCCCUCCUCCCCACCCCCACUCUGCUCUCUCAUCUCCAUGAGUACGUGUCUCAGACUUUUCUCGCGUCAUUCAACAAACGUAGUAACUCAUAAUAACGCACGCCUUUACAUCCUCAGUAACUGUAACUGCGUUGCCAAGAUGAGAAAAGUAAUUAAUUAUAUUACUCCUGAAAAAAAUAACGCCGUUAUAAUCUAACCAGAGGUUGCGCUAGACAUUUUCGUUGUCUGUCAUUUUGACUGACAGGGUCAUAAAAAUCCGGUCAUAAUCUAUUUUUACCCGUCACUUAAAUUUUUAAAAUGAUAAUGAUGACAUAUUCAAUAGUAUUUAGUUUUCAUUCAUUUUUAAUUAAUAUUGUAAUGCUUGCUUGGCAGCGAAAAAUUAGACACGGAAGUCGUAUUUUUCUCCCUCUUUUUACUCUGCUUACCGCCAACAACACCAACAAAACAACAACUCCACCCCCAAAGAAAAAGAGGCAACUAUAUAGACCCCAAUCACCAACGUCACACAAUGAUCUCAAUUGUGGUUGUCAGCCCAAAAUCUUCUAAAUAUAUAUUAAAUGCAUCUUACCAGAUAUAAAAUGACUACUACAUAGUCUGUGGUGAUCGUUUGGUGCCCAGAUUUCUUGUCGAAUUACAGCAGUCCAUCUCGCUCUCCUCUUCGGGUCUCUCAGAAUACGGUAGAACUUCAAGUCUCUCCGUCUAUCUUCUCUGUUACUGCAACCAACCGCCACACACGCCUUCACCAUUUUGAUUAUUAAUGUUAACGAGCAGAAAAACACGCCGUAAUAGGAGGCAUGUACGUAGCGGUAAUGUGUAAACAUGACGAGCUGACGGACAAAUGGCGGCUCCAGUCCGGGGGGGCUGAGUUGUGACGUUAUGUGAUUGGGGUCUAUACACAGGCGGCAAUCUAGUCCACCAAUUGGAUGACGCGCUGGCACACCGGGUGCACCAAUAAGAACCUCGCGUUGAUGUGUCAAUCACGGUGCCGCUGCCAGACCCCGAUGACGCUACAAUAGUCUGACUGAAUAGCCAACGACGUCAUGCAUUAAGAGAGACAAUAGCUAAUUAAUAUGCUCACUCGCCACCCUGUGGUCUGGGGUGUAACUUGCAACCUGUCAAAAUGACGGACGGACUUCAGUUUUUUCCGUCACCGUUUUUAAAAAACCGGUCAACGACGGAAAAUAUUCGGUUAACGCGACCCCUGACUCUAACGCAGUUAUUAAUUAACAACACUGAUGAUAACACACUAAAUGUAACUUGUAGAGUUAGCAUUAGCGUCGUGAGUGUCGUCUUAAACUAUCGGAAAAGUUUUUACAUUUAGUUUGUGGCGUCCAGAUGAGUUUGAAAAUGUUGUACUGUUUUCCUUCUUAGUGUGUAUUAUCAUCACAAAGAUGGUGGUGUCCCUGCCGACUCCAUUCAAAAUUAUUGGAAAAAUGUAUUUAUUCAUGGACUAAAACUUUUUGAGCAAUUGUCGACUAAAACUGCACAAAAUUUGAGUUUUCGUUGAGUAAAAUGAAACAAAGACGAACACAUUUAAAAAUGACUACAAUAUGACUAAUAGUAAUAAGUAUUUUCGUCAAAAAGACUAAGACAAAAAUUAAAAGCCUGCCAAAAACAACACUGGAACAUAGACAAUUUUCAAUGUAACAUAUUUUACCGCUGAACUCUCUGUUCAUGAAUAAACAAAAUAUAACUUGCUAAAUCUCAAUAUUUUACAGUGAAAAGUCUACUCCCAACAUUCAUGAUGCCUCAGAGGUUUGGUAGUUGUUUCAUAAAUUCACAUGCUUUACAUUCGCAAAGAGAACAUUUUAAGAGAUUCUGACAAGUAAACAAUGGAGGAAAUUUCAGUGUCCAUUGAAAAUGCUAUAAAAUGUACAAAAUACUAGUCAUUUACUAAGUAUUAGAGUGUGAACUGUGUGAUGUUCUCUGACGGCUUCUGUGCUCUCUGUUGAGUUCGUUGAUGACGACAUCUAUGUUAGGGUCUUCGUCACCAGUGAUUAUUCUGUCUUCAAAUAGAUUUCCUGAAACACAGCAUCACCAUGAAUUCACUGAAUAAUAUCAGAUGGGUUUGCAAGUAAAUGUAUCUCCAAUAUGAGGAGUUUGAAACUUAUUGUUGCUAAAGCAUCCUUGAACUGACCUAUGCCCUGAGUCAGCUCCAAGUUCUGAGUGAGGAUAGACUGCGACGACUCUGGGGACGGACGUGACGAAAGUGCUUUUUUUGGCCUCUUCUGUGGUGCCGCGCGACUCCAUUCUGCAAAAGGGUAGAGUCCAAUGAGGUAAGAUUUUGAUGAGUUUGUUGAAAGCUUUGGGGUUCUAAAAUUUUUUGAGUUAAAAGCAACAAUUUGGGUGAUGUGGAAAUGUCUUACCUGAAUUCUCAGCCAGUCUAAAUUUCCCGAAGCAGAGGUAUGUCCGCCAUUGCCUCCUCACGGCAUCCUUCACCGCACAGUGGAACACAAAUAUGAAGAAACCUGUAGCAAAGAAGCACGUCAGCAUGGACGCUUAUGCUAGCUGUCACCUUCAUAGACACCGAUGUGGCAAGUUAAUUACACCAGUGAUGCCUUGAGAUACAAGUGACUUGUAGUGCUGCAAUGAUUAAUCAAUUAACUUGAGUAAUUAGAUUAGAAAAAAGUAGGGCUGUCAAACGAUUAAAAUUUUUAAUCGAGUUAAUUACAACUUAAAAAUUAAUCGCAAUUAAUCGCAAUUCAAACCAUCUAUAAAAUAUGCCGUAUUUUUCUGUAAAUUAUUGUUGGAAUGGAAAGACACAAGAUGGAUAUAUACAUUCAACAUACGGUACAUGAGGACUGUAUUUGUUUAUUAUAACAAUCAACAAGAUGGCAUUAACAUUAUUAACAUUCUGUUAAAGCGAUCCAUGGAUAGAAAGACUUGUACUAACAUUUUUCUUUUAAGAACUACAAGUUAUAGAAGUUUUAUAUUAAACCCCUCUUAAUGUUUUCGUUUUAAUAACAUUUGUAAAAUUUUCAAUCAAAAAAUAAACUCGUAGCCCGCCAUUGUUGAUGUCAAUAAUUACUUACACAAUGCUCAUGGGUGCUGAAGCCUAUAAAAUCAGUCCCACCCAAGCGCCAGCAGAGGGUGGCAAAACUCCAUAAAAAACAAUUAACAAGUGAGCGUUUCACUGGACUGUCAUUUAAAUUUGUCUGAGUGGGGCAUCUGCGUUAAUUGCGUCAAAUAUUUUAACGUGAUUAAUUUAAAAAAUUAACGCCCGUUAACGCGAUAAUUAUGACUGCCCUAGAAAAAAGAAUUAAAUUUUGCUGCUUUGAGUAUUCGUUUAAUUAAAGUGACGUUGCAAUGGUGUGUUUUGAAAGUGUUUGCAUUUAGUGAUAUUGAUUUGGGUGGAUACACUGCCCUCUUGUGGCAGCAGUGAAAAUGACAUAACUCUUUUUACAUGGCUGAAUCCAGCUGCUCCCUGUUAAGACCAACAUAAGCUAAGUUUUUGUUUGAGUUUGUUUUUUGAAUGCAUUCGUAAUUUAGUUUAUAGGUAUAUUUAGCUGUUUUUGUAGGAAUAUGAGUUUGAACAGAAUUUGGUAGCAGAAGUCUGCUACCGUAAAUGCUAUGUAAGUUAACCAAUUGUUCUUUUAUUGUACUUGGAUCCUCAUUAUUAUUAUUUUUUUUUUAUAUAUAUACUGUUUGAGGCUAAGUGCAAUUUUGCAUAGUUUGAAGACACACUUGGGAAUUUUA